UUUUCUCACUCGAUCCCCUCUCUUAUCCCCCAAUUUGCAAAAUCUCUCUCUACUCUCUACUGUCUACUCUCUACUCUCUAGACAUUCGUCUGAAUCGACUCAUCCCCAAUUGAUAGACACUCACAUAUACACACAUAUACAUGCAAUAUAUAUGUGUAUUUACUUGUAUACAUAUCUCCGCUCUCUGUCAUAACCUCCUGAGCCUGCAUUCAUACCGCUAGGGUUUAGGGCAUUCAAGUCUUAACGCACUCCCGGAUUAAAAUCGGAUUCGCAUGUGAAUUUUGUAGGGGCUGUCACUGAAGGUUUUUGCUAGGCUAGGGUUUUACUUCAUCGAUCUGUGCGUCAAUGGAUUCAGCGUCGUCGUCAUUGCCAUUUGUUACUAGAGAUGGGCCGCCGUCGGUCGUGGCGGGGGAGGACGACAGUGCUCUUUUGGUUGCUGCGGGGCUUGCUAAGGAGGCUGCUUUGCUCUUUCAGGCUGGGAAGUUCGUGGACUGUUUGAGAAUUUUGAAUCAGUUAUUGGAGAAGAAAGAGGGUGAUCCAAAGAUUCGCCAUAAUAUAGCCAUUGUGGAGAGCUGCCAAGAUGGAUGCUCAGAUCCUAGGAGGCUUAUUGAAGCACUGGAAAACAUCAAGAAACAAAGUGAAGAGCUUGCUCAUACAUCUGGGGAACAGUUAGAGGUUGCAAGCAACAAUGGAAGCAAACAUACAGCCAGCAUGAGGGGAAGCAAUGCUGUGGGACAUCCUAGUUCUUCUGUUGUUUACACUGACGAGUUUGACACUUCGGUGGCAAUGUUCAACAUAGCUGUCAUCUGGUAUCAUCUUCAUGAAUAUGCAAAAUCAUUCUCAUAUUUGGACAUGUUGUAUCAGAGCAUUGAACCUAUUGGCGAGGGAACAGCCCUUCGUAUAUGCCUUUUGUUGCUGGAUGUUGCUUUACUUUCCGAUAACGCAUCAAGAUUUUCUGAUGUAAUAAGCUACAUGGAGAAGGUUUUUUGUGUCAAUAGCUUGACCAAUCAAGUAGAUAAUGGAACCUCAACACAGCAGCAAUCUUUAUUAGCUUCAAAAUCUGCGUCAUUUCCUAGCAAUUCAACCGUCCCUGAUUCUUCUUACUCUGAUUCAGUUGUUACUGGAAAUUCUUCUGAUAAUUCUUUAACCAGAUCUUUGUCGGAGGAAGCACUUGAAGAUGAAUCAAUGCAGUUACUUUCGUCUCUUGAUAUCAGUGGACAGAACCUUCAAAGACCUGUCAUUGCACCUAAUGAUCUUCCCAGGACCCAAGCAGAGGAGUCCCUGUCAGCUGCUGAUUUGAGGCUUAAGCUACAUCUUUACAAGGUUCGUUUUCUGCUCCUCACCAGGAACCUUAAAGCAGCCAAGCGCGAAGUUAAGAUGGCUAUGAACAUAGCUCGUGGAAAAGAUUAUCCCAUGGCUCUUUAUUUGAAGUCACAGCUUGAAUAUGCUCGUGGGAACCAUCGCAAAGCAAUCAAGCUUUUGAUGGCAUCAAGUAUUAGCACAGAGUUGGGGAUCUCUAGCAUGUACUAUAACAAUCUUGGGUGCAUCUACUACCAACUUGGGAAGCAUCACACUUCAGGUGUAUUUUUCUCUAAAGCCCUAAGAAAUAGCUCGUUUGUGCGGAAGGAGAAACCUCGGAAACUCCUAAAUUUGUCGCAGGAUAAAUCCCUUCUAAUAUCAUAUAACUGUGGUAUACAUUCAUUGGCCUGUGGGAGACCUUUUCAUGCUGCUCGCUGUUUUCAGACGGCAAGCCUUAUCUUUUACAACCAACCUAUUCUGUGGCUGCGAAUUGCUGAGUGCUGUCUAAUGGCCUUGGAAAAAGGGCUGAUAAAGUCUAUUUCAUCUACAUCUGACAAGCUUGAUAUCAAAGUCAAUGUUAUUGGAAAAGGAAAGUGGAGGCAGCUUGGUCUGAGAUAUGGGGGUUCACCCACUGGUCAGGGGGAAUAUGUUGGAAAAGACAGUUCAUUUACAGCUGAUGACAAACAGCCUGAUCUCUCAAUGUCUCUAGCCCGGCAGUGUCUUGUCAAUGCUCUGUAUUUGUUGGACUCUGUGGAGGCAAAUUAUAUGAGAUCUGGCUUACAUCCUAGUUCUGAAGAAAGAGAGUCACGAGAAACACCACCAUCUCAGAGUACAAACCACAAGAAUAUGGCUGUUGGGGAUCCCAAGGCAUCUAAUGUAGUUUCUUCUGUUCCCAGUCAAGUUAAUUCAAACGGUGAAGUGAAAGAACAGAAGGGUGGAAACAAUCAGAGUGGGUCGUUACAAAACUCUAUCACUGAGUACGAACAUAUUCGUAUGAAGGAGAACCAGAUGAUGAAGCAAACCGCACUUGCUGAUUUGGCGUAUGUUGAGUUGGCACUUGGAAAUCCCUUGAAAGCCCUAUCAGCAGCAAAGUCUUUAAUCAAACUUCCGGAUUGCUCUAAGAUAUAUAUAUUUUUGGGAACAAUGUAUGCGGCAGAAGCCUUAUGCCUGCUGAAUAAGCCAAACGAAGCUGGUGAAUAUUUGAUGAUGUACGUUUCUGGUGGUAACAAUAUUGAGCUUCCGUAUAGCCAAGAGGACUGUGAAAAGUGGAGAGUCGAAAAAGUGGUAGAUGGUGAUGAGUUAAAUGGUGGGACAACAGUUCCCAGUGCUGUCUCAUUGGCCGAUGAAUCCCAAGGAUCUAUGUUUCUGAGUCCUGUAGAGGCUCGUGGAAUGUUUUGUGCGAACUAUGCUGCUAACUUUGCAUUGCUAGGAGACCUUGAGCGGGCUCACCACUUUGUGAUCAAAGCAUUAUCCGAUAUACCUAAUAGCUCCCAAGCCAUUCUUACUGCAAUUUAUGUGGAUCUAAAGCGUGGUAAGACACAAGAUGCUCUUUCUAAGCUGAAACAACAUACUGGCAUUAGAUUUCUCCCUGGCAGUUUAACAGUGAAUGGAUCUUCUUGAUGGCUGUAUUUGUUGUUUUUGUUGGUCGUUCGAGCCCACACCUCACUCUGAGUUAGCAGGUAGGUUGACAAUCCUUUGAAAAGGGAUUUGUAACAUAUAUAUAGUUUAAUUCAGGGAAUAAGUAUUUGUUUUC